UUAGCCAACACUGUCGUUAUAUCAUUGUUUUGGUCGUUUCCUAAAAUGUUGCGGCAAUUUAUAGUAUCUACGGUAGGCCGUCGCCUGCAACUACCUAUGAUGGCCCAAAGUCGCCUCGCCAGCAAUUUGGACAAAACUGAGUACACAACACCCGGGGAAAUUGUGGACUACGAUGAUCCGCCGCAUUUGCCAGUUCCGGAAUAUCCUGUCCGUCCCGAUGAGCCGCUGGAAACUCGCAAGCAGCGCCUUUUGUAUCAAAGCAGGAAACGCGGAAUGCUGGAAAACGAUCUCUUGCUGAGCACUUUUGUGGCCAAGCAUUUGAAGGACUUCAAUGCCGAGCAGACCGCCGAGUACGAUCAGUUGAUCAAUGGUGUCAGCAACGACUGGGAUAUAUUCUACUGGGCCACCGAUACCAAGCCAACACCUCCUCAAUUCGAUACCGAAAUAAUGCGUCUGCUAAAGGAGCACGUCAAAAAUCAUGAAAAAGUGCAAAGGAUAAGGCAGCCGGAUUUGUGAACAUUAUAAACUAUAUUAUAUAUAUAAGCAUACAAAACAAUGUAUUAAAUGAAUGUGUUAUUCUACUCCUGAUCCUUAAAAGACCAAUGACUUGAACUUGCAUUUUACCUGGUAUUUAAAAACGAUCAUUUAUACGGAAUAAUAAAUAAUA